AUGGGAAACUCUCUAAAGCCUUUCAAACAACAACCUCGUUCAAUGGCUUACGAGCCUCUCAUCUCUGUUUCAGUUGAGACAGAAAACGAGCAUCACGGAACGAGAGUCUUCAGCCUCACGGAACUGAAGAAAGCAACCAAGAAAUUCAGACAAUCACUCUAUUCGAAAAUUCUACAAGGGCUACAUCGACGAGAUCACAUUUUCUCCAUCAAAAAAUGA